UGAAUUUCGACGUGGUCCACGAUUUCACACGAGAAUUUUCGAUUUUGCAAUGUUCCAAAGUCAAUCAUGAAUUCUGAACCAUCAAACGAUAAUUUGACGAUUGAUUCUCCGAUUGAAGCGGAUAAUGAUCAAUCAGUAACAUGUUCGUCCAAAGUCUGCAGAAAGAAACAACAAAAAAUCAUUAAUAUCACGAAGCCUAAAUCUUGUAAAAGAGGAAUCGUAUAUUUAAGCUAUAUUCCAGAAGGAAUUACCGUGAAAAAUAUCCGUCAAAUACUGUGCAAAUAUGGCGAAAUUGAACGAAUUUAUUUGGAAAAAGAUUCAUCUCUAAGAAAACCAGGCGGACGAAAACGUAAAAAGAUUUAUCGUUAUACUGAAGGAUGGAUUGAAUUUAAGAAAAAAAGUGUUGCUAAAAUGGUGGCAAAUACGUUGAAUGGAAAACAAAUCGGCGGUAAACGUCAUACAAAAUUUCAUGAUGCCUUAUGGAAUAUGAAAUAUCUAAAACGAUUCAAAUGGAGUCAUUUGGCCGAACAAAUGGCCUAUGAAAAAGCUUUAAGAGAUCAGAAACUACGCCUAGAAAUUGGCCGUGCUAAACGCGAAGCAACAUUUUAUGCCGAAAUGAUUGACCGUAAUCGACAUAAAAGAGCCAUCUAUAAUGAUAAUAAUCGAACAUAUAAACAACGAGUGACUGAUGAACAAAUACGUCAACAAAAACCUAAUCCAAAUGAGCUUGAUGAAGAAUUAUUAGAAAGUAUAUUCAAAUGAUUAUUGUUCACAAUUGAUAAUUUUAUGUACAUAAAUUUAAAUGAUAAUAUUCUUACAAAAAUCAUAAUG